AUGGGCCAGACGGGGAGGCGGGCGUCGGCUGGGAAAUGCGUUCACCUCUCGGAUCACCGUCACGGCCUCGCCCACGGCCUCCCGCUGGGGGGACACAAGAGGAGCGCCGUCCAGCUGGAGUCUUCCUCCAAGGGUCUGAGUAGGUUCGGUACUAAGUGUGCACGCUGCGGUCGGCAGAUCUACGCCAGCGACUGGGUGCGGCGGGCCCGGGGCAAUGCUUACCACUUGGCGUGUUUCGCCUGCUUCUCAUGUAAGAGGCAGCUGUCGACCGGAGAGGAGUUUGGCUUGGUGGAGGAGAAGGUCCUGUGCCGGGUACAUUACGACACCAUGGUGGAAAACCUCAAACGGGCUGCCGAGAACGGCAGUGGAAUAACCCUGGAAGGAGCCGUUCCAACAGAGCAGGACACCCAGCCCAAACCGGCCAAGAGGGCGCGGACGUCCUUCACAGCAGAACAACUGCAGAUCAUGCAGGCUCAGUUCGCCCAAGACAACAACCCCGACGCCCAGACGCUGCAGAAGCUCGCAGACAUGACGGGGCUGAGCAGGAGGGUUAUACAGGUCUGGUUUCAAAACUGCAGAGCAAGACACAAAAAACACACCCCGCAGCACAGCGGGGGACCCCAGGGACACCCCCAGUCCCGGAUCCCGUCCUCGCUGCCGGAUGAGCUUCAUUACUCGCCCUUCGGGAGUCCUGAGAGGGCGCGCAUGGUGGCCCUCCAUGGCUACAUCGACAGUCACCCCUUCUCCGUCCUCACCUCCCAGAGCCACCCCCACCAGGCCAUGUCCCUGCCACAGCUGCCCCUCAGUCGCUAGCCCCCCC